GAUAUAUCUGCUUCCGCGAUUGAUUUUGUCGUCCUCCUCCUCCACGAGAAAAGUAAGAAAGGGAGAAGAAGAAGAAAAUGUUACAGUUUCCGACGUUGAUGAGUCAGUUCCCGUCGUCGACGAAGGAAAUACCGGCGUCUUAUUUGCUUCCUUUACAGUGGCCUCAACCGCAGAACGAGGAGAUGCUUCUCGCCAUGGAAGAAGCUGAGUUCGAAGAAAAGUGCAAUGAGAUCAGAAAGAUGAGUCCUGCUUUGCCGGUAAUUGGAAAACCAGUAGUUGACAACCAACAAGAAGAGGAUGAUAAUGAAGCAGAGGAUGAUGAUGCAGACAAUGCAGAGGAAUCAGAUGGUGAAGAGUUUGAGCAAGAAACCGGAUAAAAAAAAAUCUUGAGGCUGGAAAACACACAAGGUUCAUAAUUGAUGGAAUUAAGAUUGAACUUUUAAAGGCUGCGUAUUAAUCUGAACCUUCUUGUGCUAAAACCACUGUGAUUCUGACUUUCCAAGCCAUUUCUUUUUGUUUUGUUUUUUUCCGAUGAUCCGUAGUUUUCAUAUGUCUCAAAUCUCAUGGUCUUUAGUUUGUACAUUGAGAAUAAAACAUGUGGAAUGGUUUUGCUGUGUGUAGUUUUGGUGGUUUUUAGAAACUAUUGUUAAUGAUGA